AGGAGAACGGCGAGGUGUGCGCAUGCGCACGACGCUACCACGCGGGAAGUAAUCUCCCUCUGGCCUGGACCCGCAGAAUGGAAGAGCUCGGGAGCCCAGAGGCAGGGUUGGGGGAGCCAGAGGUAGCCAUGGCUACCGAACCCGCGACGCCCUCCCUUGUGGAUCGAUACUUCACUCGCUGGUAUAAAGCGGAUGUUAAAGGAAAACCCUGUGAGGACCACUGCAUACUACAGCACUCCAACCGAAUAUGUGUCAUCACACUGGCAGGAUCUCAUCCUGUGCUUCAAAGUGGCAAAACUAUUAAAAGUAUCUCCUAUCAGAUCAGUACCAACUGUAGCAGACUUCAGAACAAAGUGUCUGGGAAAUUUAAGCGGGGGGCACAGUUUCUAACAGAACUUGCACCUCUGUGUAAGAUAUACUGCUCCGAUGGAGAAGAAUAUACCAUAUCUAGCUGUGUUAGAGGUCGGCUGAUGGAGGUGAACGAAAAUAUUCUUCAUAAGCCAUCCCUUCUCCAAGAAAAGCCAUCCACUGAAGGCUACAUUGCGGUUGUGUUACCAAAAUUUGAAGAAAGUAAGAGCAUAACAGAAGGGUUACUGACACAGCAACAGUAUGAAGAGGUCGUGAUAAAGCGACAUAAUGCCACAGCCACGCCGUGAGCCUAGAGAUGGAGAGACAGCAUAGGAUGUUCACCCUCCCUGGACCCACCAUCAGUGCCCUGGAGAGAGCCAGUGCAUGAGAAGCAUUCCUCAUACCCGGCCGCAGGGGCAGCCCAGUCCCUCUCUUACCUAACUCGCCUCUUGUCUGAGUAUCCCAAGCCUUGGUCCCUGUUUGUAGUCCAGCUCUACAUCUGCCUUGCCCAGGUACUUGCUUUGUGUGGGGCAAGUACAAUUGUGGGCAUUCACUUCCAUAUGUAUGUCAGAAAACAACUUCGGAUGCUGUUUUACCUUUUGUUAGACAGGCUCUCUUUGACUUAGAACUUUGCCAGGUAGCUCAUGAACUUCCAGGGAGACACCCAUCACCUCUGCCUCCGUCUUGGAAGGUGCACGCUCUAUGGCCAAGUUUUCUAUGGGCCAGAAAACCCAAACUCAGGUCUUCAUGUGUUCAUGGUGUAUUACUUUUCAGUUGCUAUGAUAAAAUAUUGUAACCGAAAGCAACGUCACAAGAGUAUUUGGGUUUGUAGUUCCAGAAGACUUGAUGUCCAUCCUAGUGGGGAGGCAUGGUAGCAAGAACAAGAAGCUGAGAGAUCACAUCUUCACCAUACAGAAAAAGCAAAGAGUGAACUGGAAGCAAGGUGAGGUUAUUAACUGUCCCUGGUGAUGUAAUUCCCCCAGCUAGAUUUCUUAUCCUAAAAGUUCUACCAGCUGAAGACCAACUGUUCCAAUACAUAAAUCCAUGGGUGUUAUUUUUUUCUUAUCAAUCUACAACAUUGUUCCCAUGAUGCUUAUAGGCCCAUAGCCAUAUCACGCAAAAUGCAGCUAAUCCCAUAGUCAUUACAGUCCUGAAGUUCAAAGUCCCUUCUAAGACUCAAUGCAAUCUCUUACGUCCCCCUGGAAAUCAAAAAACCAGUUACAUGCUUCCACCAUACAUUGGCACAGAAUAUCCAUU